AUUUGAUCCAAGGUCAAUGGAUCGGUCUUCUACUGAGCGAAAUAUGUCUGAUACUCCAUCCCCAUCAACUACUGCUACUACACAGAGCGGUACGUCGCGUGCACGGCAGGGAAAAAGACACAGGGCGCGCCACCUUAAAUCCCGUAAUGGCUGCUACACCUGCAAGCAACGAAGAGUGAAGUGUGAUGAGGUAAGGCCUGUUUGCGGCGCAUGCUCGUUUCGCGGUGAAUCAUGUUCAUAUCCUCCAGCGCCAUCCAUCUCGGUAGACUCAGAUGGCUCUCAGCGCUUGCGAAAACCUAAGCGGGUGGUUCCUAUACCGUCCCCCUUGCAGCCGUUGGAAUUCCAUCUGCCCAGGUUGUCCGCAACCCCAGUACCAAUACUGGAUGGACAAACGCUCAACAUGGCUGACAUGAAUCUCCUAACGAAGUUCAUGCUGCAGACAUCGAAAAAGAUGAGUCUCCAUCCCAAACGGAUGUUAAUUUGGCAGCAAGUUAUCCCAGACAUGGCGGCAAAAAGGGAAUACCUGAUGCACCUACUCCUGGCGCUCGCUGGGGCACAUGCUUUAUAUGAGUCAGACAUAGCAAAAUGCGGAAGAUUGGGCAUGGGCGAUAAUCAAUUAACCUCUUCCUGUAUUGAUAAUCCUACGAUCCACGACCUUCAUCGCAUUAUUGAACAUCACCAAAGGGGGCUAAAAGGAUUCCGAGAGGCUCUAUCCGACAUGACUGCUGCCACGGCAGAAUAUGUCUUUUGCGGCUCACUCUUGAUCGUUGCCUUUGCCUUUGCCUCUUUAUCCAUUCGAGAUUUAAACAGGAUAGAACCGGGACUGAUGAACGAAGACAAUUACGAAAGUCCGUUUACUGACUGGCUCCAUUUGGUUCGAGGGCUGACAAGUGUGGUUCACGAGCACUGGUCUACCCUUAAACUCGGCAGACUGAGAGCUAUGUUCUUUUACGAUUACGCCAACGACGAUUGGAGACAUACUCUUUCAUCAGCCAGUGUUCCGCGUUUAACUAAUGGCUCGCGCAUGGUGUUGAUGUUUGCACAAGGCGCCGCUCGAGGACUUUCCAUGCUACGCACCUACGCAACCACAUUAUCUUCCAGCCGUACAGUACACGAGGCCGAUGCUCCCUCACCCCAGAGUUCGUCAGAUACUCAUGGAAAAGCGGAUGAAUUAAUCCAGGGACAUGAUAAUGCCAUCGAUAAACUAGAGGAGAUGUAUAUGCGUAUUCUUAAUGUGUUUCACUUCACAGAAAGUGGACGUGAUUGCUCUGCGUCGCGGGAUUUUCAGAUCGAUCUAGAAGAGGCUGCCGCCACAUCCUGGCCUCAAAUGGUAUCGAACGACUUCAUUGCUUCACUCAAACCAUGUAAUCAAGUUGGGAUUGCCGAGGGAUUCUCGUACACGAUAUUGGCCCAUUUUUAUCUAGUCUUCGUUCUCUUUGAGGAUCUGUGGUAUCUCAACAAGGGCUUUCACGAGGAGAUCAAAAAGAUCUUUCGGCUUGUCAGUGAUUUGAACAAUGAUCGACUCCUAGCCCUUAUGGAGUGGCCGAUGGCUGUCAUAGCAGCAGACCAAAAGGAAUGAAGUAAUGUCCCAUAUGAACAGUGGGUUCAUCGCCGGAUAUUUUCCAUGAAAUGUUUUGUCACAUCCUAUAAAACGAGCUGGACUUACUAUACCCACCAAAAAGAGCAACAGCAUGAUAAUGAAUGAACCUCCCUUCUUGGGGAGCGUUCC